AGUAAAUAGACAUUAACUAACAACUGAAAUCUCGAUCCAUCAUCCCAGGUGGACGCCCAACCGCUCCUCCUUUUAAACCUCAACCCUCAUCAAUUCUCAGCAGCAGGCCCCAACCCAACACGUUUCCAACAAAGAAAAAAACUGUAUUUGGGGUGGCAAGGGUUUUAGUUCUCAAGAUCUUACGUGUUCGUCUUCUCGCUCUGGUCAUCCAGCUUGGGAAAUAAAGCCCCACUCCGCUCUCUGCUCUUUCAGUUUCCGGUUGUCACCAUCCAUCAAUUCUCUCUCUCUCUCUGUCUCUCUCUUUAUUUCUUUGUUGGUUGGAGAGAAAGAUGGGGAAUUGCCAAGCGGCGGAGGCGGCAACGGUGGUGAUUCAGCAUCCGGCGGAGAACAGGGUGGACCGAUUUUACUGGUCGGUGAGCGCCCACGAGGUUAUGAAUUCCAAUCCUGGCCAUUACGUGGCGCUGGUGGCGCCGAGUGCCAAGACCGAGAACGCCACGACUCCGGUGAAGCAGCUCAAGCUUCUCAAGCCCAGCGACACCCUUCUCCUCGGCCAGGUUUAUCGACUCAUCAGUUUCGAAGAUGUUCUGAAGGAGUUGUAUGGGAAGAAGAGCGUGAAACUGGGGACGCUUCUGAAAGAGAGAGGCGGAGGGCCGGAAAAAGUAUUGAGGGGGCUUGGAGAUGCAUCGGAGAUUGGGAGGAGGAAAAGCUCCGGUGGGUUGAAACUGAAUGUGGACGGUAGCUCUGCUAACACGGAGGAGGUGCACCAACUGCAACUGCAACUGGGGAGGAGCAGCAGCAGCAGCAGACUUGUGAGUGGAAGGCAGCAUGGAGGGCAAGGGCAAUGGAGGCCAGCAUUGCAAAGCAUUUCUGAGAUUGGGACUUAGGCAGAUCUGAAGGACUUGCCCGGCUCGAAUUGAAUAAAAUCACGGCAGUUGUUAGAAGCAUGCAUCAGUGGCCAUUAAUUAGUACAGUGGUUCCCCCUUUUUUCCCCAGAGACAGCAGAAAAUUAUUGUGAGUAUGAAAGUUAAUUUGGUUGCAUGGAGCUUUGGUGUUCUGGUGCUCUUCUCUGCCAUAAACCUUGCUCAUGUCACUGGACUUUGUGUGUGAAUGACUUGCUUCAAGUUAACUGUCUCAAGUCAGAGUUGGAAGGGAAGGCUAGAUGUUCAAGUAAACCGUUUAUUCCAUCAGGUUUUUGUGUCAGUGAAAAGGUUAAUAGUACCAUUACUAAUUUACUUA